AUUCCAGCACAGAUGACGAGUCCAUUCCGGAAGAAGGCGUCAUCGGAGGACGGAUAUCCACACCCGAUCGGGACAACUACAACCUCCCACGUGAUCACAUUCUCGGCCGAGAACCCAUGAAGCUUCCAUCAACCCGCGAACAUCAUCACUCGAGUCAACAGAAACAGCAAACGCAACCGGCGCCAAUCGAGCGACGACCUCCGCAAAGCAUACCCACCCAAAACACCCAGCAUGCCACCCUGUCGGAUACCUCUAGCGCCGGAUCGCCGCCGGCAAUGCACCGAACCUACUAUAACCAGAAGAACAGUUACGAUAUUACCGACAUUUCUGAGUACCAGCAGCGGCCUUACGCCGCUCCGGAUAUCACUCAGUUCAGUGCCAAUACAAGACGAGGAGCAGAUCGCGUUACGCGAUAUGUGAAUCUCUCCAACCAAGAACCCGGUGACACGGGUACCGCCGGUCGAUGGAAGGUCUCGGCCAAAAUACAACAACUGCUGAACACGUUGAAACGACCGAAACGUCGACCGCUACCGGAAUUCUACGAAGACAAUGACAUCGAGCUGGAGAUCGCUGCCAAUCCGAAAGACCCCAACGCCCCCAAACCGGAAGGUAACGUCAUGAGUCCGGUCCAAGGCGAACAGCUGAUCGUCCCGUCCGGACUGCCACGAACGCUGGAGGCCGCCCUACAACGGUACGGUACAAGUUCGUUCAAGGCUCCGAUGGCGACCGUGCUGGAUCCGAACGGAAAAAUGACCACGACGCUGACCUACGGAAAGCUGCUGUCCCGAGCGCAGAAAAUUGCCUACGCCCUGUCCACCAAAGUAUUCAGCAAAGGUCCCGAGCAGAUAUCGCUCAAGCCGGGCGACCGGGUCGCUCUGGUUUAUCCCAACAGUGAUCCACUAAGCUUUAUAACGGCGUGGUACGGUUGCAUGUUCCGAGGCCUCGUCCCGCUGCCCAUCGAGCUACCUCUGUCCAGUUCCGACUCCCCACCGCAACAGGUCGGUUUCCUGUUGAGCUCGUGCGGCGUACAGGUGGCCCUGACCUCGGAAGCGUGCUUAAAGGGAUUACCAAAGUCGUCGACCGGUGAGGUGGCCAAGCUAAAAGGAUGGCCACGGUUGCACUGGUUCGUCACCGAACAUUUGCCCAAAGUCCCGAAAGACUUCAACACGAACAACAACCGCAUCAGUGAGGAUUCGAUCGCCUACAUUGAGUACACUACCGACAAGGAAGGCAGCGUUAUGGGAGUGACCGUGUCGCGCCAAUCCAUGAUCAACCACUGUCGAGCGCUGACGAUGGCCUGCCACUACACGGAAGGCGAAACCAUCGUUUGUGUGCUCGACUUCAAACGAGAAGUCGGACUGUGGCACAGUAUCCUGACUUCGGUGCUCAAUGGAAUGCACGUGCUCUUUAUACCUUACGCACUCAUGAAGCUCAAACCUUCCUCAUGGAUGCAGCUUAUCACCAAAUACCGGGCGUCUUGUUGCUUAGUGAAGAGCCGAGAUUUGCACUGGGGUCUUCUGGCCACCAAGGAUCACAAGGAAAUCUCUCUGUCGUCCCUGCGAAUGCUGCUGGUCGCGGACGGUGCCAAUCCGUGGUCUCUUUCUAGCUGUGAUCAAUUCCUGAGCGUAUUCCAAUCCAAAGGUCUUCGACCGGAUGCGAUCUGUCCCUGUGCCAGCAGCUCGGAGGUGUUUACCGUUUCGCUGCGACGACCUGGUCGAUCCGCCGGAGGAUACAGUCAAUCGGCCACCGGAAGGGGCGUCCUUUCGAUGGCUGCCCUUUCGCAUGGAGUGGUUCGUGUGGACAGCGAGGACUCUCUGACGUCGCUCACCUUGCAGGAUUGUGGCCAAGUGAUGCCGAGUGCUACCAUGGUCGUGGUCAACGCCGAAGGUCCUCCGGUGCUGUGCAAAACAGAUCAAGUCGGUGAGAUUUGCGUAACUUCUGGAUCUACUGGAACUACCUACUAUGGAUUGGAUGGCAUGACCAAUGCAACGUUCAAGGUUCAGCCGCUCACGGAACCACCUCCGGCCAAAGAAGGCGAAGUGCAAUCACCAGGAAAACCAAUCAGCGAAGAGCUAUACGUAAGAAGUGGUCUGCUAGGCUUCCUAGGUCCCGGAGGCCUUGUGUUUGUGUGUGGCUCCCGGGAUGGCCUUAUGACCGUAACUGGGCGCAAGCACAACGCUGAUGACAUCAUUGCCACAGUUUUGGCCGUUGAACCGAUGCGAUUCAUCUACCGCGGCCGAAUCGCCGUGUUCAGCAUAAAGGUCCUUCGGGACGAACGGGUUUGUGUCAUUGCUGAGCAACGUCCGGACUGCUCGGAGGAAGAGUCCUUCCAGUGGAUGUCGCGCGUCUUGCAGGCGGUAGACUCCAUCCAUCAGGUGGGAAUCUACUGUCUCGCUCUGGUUCCUCCGAAUCAUUUGCCAAAAACACCGCUGGGAGGUAUUCAUCUGACCGAGGCUCGCCGAAGGUUCCUGGAAGGAUCGCUGCAUCCGGCCAAUGUGCUGAUGUGUCCGCACACUUGCGUCACCAAUCUGCCCAAACCUAGAGAACUGCACCACGGUUCUAUCCAACAACUCCAAAUUUCCGGCACCACACCGUCGUCGUCCACGUCGAUCAACACCGCCGGAACAGACGCCUCCGUGGGGCCGGCUUCGGUGAUGGUCGGUAAUUUGGUCCAGGGCAACCGGUUGGCCUCGGCACAGGGACGCGACAUCGGACUGGCGGACGAUAACGAACGAAAGCAUCAACUGAUUACCGGAGUGCUCCGAUGGCGAGCCAACUCGUCGCCCGACCACGUACUGUACACCCUGCUGAACUCCAAGGGUGCCGUCGCCAAGACCCUCACCUGUUCCGAGCUGCACAAACGAGCCGAGAAGAUCGCAGCGCUGCUACAGGAGCGCGGCAAAGUCAACCCGGGUGAUCACGUGGCGCUGAUAUUCCCACCGGGACUGGAUCUGAUUUGCGCUUUUUACGGGUGCCUGUAUCUGGGUGCGAUUCCGGUUACGAUACGGCCACCUCAUCCGCAAAACCUCAUCACCACCCUGCCCACCGUACGGAUGAUUGUGGAUGUGUCCAAGAGCGGCAUCAUCCUGUCCAUCCAAAGCAUCAUCAAACUGCUCAAAUCGCGCGAAGCUGCCACCUCGAUCGACCCCAAGAGUUGGCCCGUCAUUUUGGACAUCGAGGAUAACCCCAAACGGAAACUUGCUGCUAUUGCCAACAGUACGUUGGAUUCGACGGCCUAUCUGGACUUUAGUGUAUCAACUUGCGGACGUCUCAGUGGAGUCAUCAUUACGCAUCGAUCUCUUUCGAGUUUAUGUGCCAGUUUGAAAUUAGCCUGUGAAUUGUAUCCUAGUCGCCACGUGGCCCUCUGUCUCGAUCCCUACUGUGGAUUGGGAUUCUCCAUGUGGACCCUAAUCAGCGUCUACAGUGGUCACCAUUCGAUUCUGAUAGCACCGUACGAGGUCGAAGCAAAUCCAAGCUUAUGGCUAAGUACGCUAUCGCAGUACCGCGUACGAGAUACCUUCUGUUCGUACGGAGUGAUAGAACUCUGUACAAAGGCGCUCAGCAACUCUAUCCAGAUGCUCAAGCAGCGCAACAUCAAUCUUGGUUGUGUACGAACGUGUGUGGUGGUCGCCGAGGAACGACCCCGAGUACAACUGACGCAGCAAUUCUGCAAGUUGUUCCAAGCGCUGGGACUGAACAUGCGUUGCGUGUCGACUUCGUUUGGAUGUCGCGUGAACCCGGCCAUAUGCGUACAAGGUGCCAGCUCUGCGGAAAGUGCUCAAGUCUAUGUAGAUCUCCGAGCCCUACGGAACAACAGGGUAGCGCUGGUCGAACGAGGUGCUCCGAAUUCGUUAUGCUUAGUCGAGUCCGGUAAACUUCUGCCCGGAGUUAAAGUCAUCAUUGCCAAUCCGGACAGUAAAGGCCAGUGUGGCGAUUCUCACUUGGGUGAGAUAUGGGUACAAUCACCUCACAACUCGAACGGGUACUUCACCAUCUACGGAGAUGAGACCGACUACAAUGAUCACUUCAAUGCCAAAUUGGUAACCGGAAGUAGUACCAGCGAAACGUGGGCCCGGACCGGAUAUUUAGGAUUCCUCCGGCGGACCGAGUGCUCCCAGGCGGGUUCCAUUUUGGACGAAACGACGCCCAGCAUUGCCAGUCGAGAUUCGGAUAACGAAUCAAUUCAUUCGCAGGGCCAUAACACGCUGAACUCGACUACAAGCUCGAACGCAGCCACCACCACCAUCACCGGCAGUGGCAACGAGCAGGAGCUGCACGAUGCGGUCUACAUCGUCGGUGCCCUGGACGAGGUUAUCACACUGCGCGGCAUGUACUACCAUCCGAUCGAUAUUGAAAAUUCGGUGCUCCGAUGCCACAAGAAGAUUGCCGAAUGUGCGGUGUUCACGUGGACCAAUCUGCUGGUAGUGGUUGUCGAACUGGAUGGCAACGAAUCGGAAGCGCUCGAUCUGGUGCCGCUGGUGACCAACACGGUGCUGGAGGAACAUCAGCUGAUUGUUGGAGUGGUUGUCGUGGUCGAUCCAGGUGUCGUACCUAUCAACAGUCGAGGCGAAAAGCAGCGAAUGCACCUGCGGGAUGGAUUCCUCGCCGACCAACUGGAUCCCAUCUACGUUGCCUACAAUAUGUAAACGCAUCUACCUACCACUACUACCUUGUCCAGGUUGGCCAGCAAACGUGAUUCGUGCCUCUUAUUUGUUAGGCUUUUAAAGUGAUGCUUUCCACGCUUGCAUGGUGGAAAGCAGCAUGUCAGGUGAUAUUAACAAACAAAAAAAGAAGAAUUAUAAGAGGAAAAACCAACGCACAUCACAAACACAAACACGUCGUCUAAAUGAUGAGUCAAAUUCCGAACACUCGAGAAAACGUGAACGCUCAGCUACACACUGACAUGAGAUGGUUGAUGGCAGAAGCGAUAAAGCUCCAAUCAUCCAAACCCUUCAACGUAAAGUUAUUCUGUAAAUAAUUUGUACACAUCUAGGUUGGACAAGCGAAGUUAAUUUUCUCGAUCCGUAUGCUAAUCAUUAAUGGUUCUACUAGUUCUCAAUCGAUUUAUUAGGGUUGAACAUUAGAAUGAGCUUAGUUGAUAUAUACUUAGGUAUUUGUUAAAAACGACAAAAACUGGAACUUGCACGUUUCCCGUGUGAAAAGAAAGCUUGCUGGAAAAUAUGGUAGAGAUUGUACAUUUGUUUCUUUUGCACAAAUUUUUUAUCAACUCUACUUUACGUUAUUUUCAGUAUUCACAUGUUUUGUUAGCUUUUGUUUUGAGAGAAAAAUAAGGUGAGUUGCUUUGGAUCCUUUUUUCGAAACAAGGACAAGCAAUAGAUUAUUUUAUUGGCCUGUUGUUUAUUUUAACUUCAUAAUCUAGUCUCUAUUAAUUUGUUUUUGUAAAUGUUUUAUCGUCACAGUUUUAGGCAAAACAAACGAUAAAUUGAUUUUAUUUUGUGAUUUAUUCGUAAAUUAACAUUUUAUUCUGUGUCUUGGAUCUCUGUUCCUUACAAUCAAUACUAUCAAAACUCAUCGCUCAUCAUUCCCCUUAAUCCAUACAUCAAUCUUCCAAACUUCAUCCAAACUCGUCAACUUUUUCAAACACUAAACGCUACGAGCAAAGCACUAGCAAUUAUGAGGAUUUAAAUAGUCGUAUUGUUUAGAGAAGAUAUACAAACUCUUUCAUCUGGUUAUAAUUCAACUGAUAUAAAGUAAAAAGAAAAAUCAAUCCAUUCUUUUGUACAUUAAAAAAUAAUGGAACCAUUUAAACUUGAAAUGAUAAUUUUAAGGUGUGCUCGAUUUUCAGCCACGAACUGCUCUGAUUAUUGGAUAAAUGAAAACAAUGUAAAGGAUAUAAGCAAAACUGUAAGCCAAGGAAGAGGAAUUAGAAUGAUUAGUUGGUUAUAAAACUUCACCCAAUAUUUCGCAAAUUUUCUCUCUGUAACCUAUAUAUUCAUAAUUAGCAAUCACACACACAAACACAAGUCACGUACGAAACUAGAGUUACUACAAUUUACAAACAAAAGAAAAAGGCCAACGAAAAAAAAACGCGAGGAUAACUGUGGAAAGCACAUGCAAAUUGUGUAAUUGUGUAGGUAAACGCGUCUGCUCAUUAACGGUAGAAUCGUGCAAAAUUGGAAAAUCCGGAAGGUGAAUCGCGCACAUGCACAUACAGACACAAAUACAAACACACUCAAAAACCUAUUACAGUUCAAGGUUAGUAUGUACGCGUAGGAUGUGAACCCGGCAUUGAAACUGACAAAUUUUACAGACAAUGUUCGUUAAUGGUGGGAGUUAAAAAACAUCCGUUUUGGCAGUAACACAACAAUUGGUGAAACACUAAUUCCUUUGUAUUUCUCUUAGUGAACGGCGAAUAAUUCAAGUGAAUAUUUAAUUUAGAAAAUAAAUGUAUUUAGAAAAAAAAAA